CGCGUUUUACAUUCCUGGCAUUCCGACCUCAGUCCCUCCUCGGUUACUUAUUAUCGCCGCCUGCUCUCUCCACAAUCAUUUCACAGCAAGAGAGGACCGCGGCAGCCCGUCCGGGGGGAGGAAGAUGAGACACGUUUGACUCGAAAGAAACAAGCCCUCAUGGAAGCAGUGGAUUUACUCUGAACUUUUUUGUUUGUUUGUUUUACUUUACGAGAGAUCGAGAACGACGCCGUGCUACAAUGAGAACGUGAGCUGGUUCACAGCUGAUUUAUUCAAAUACUUUCAAAAACAAGAAAGAGCUCAACUUGUCUUAGACGAUAACAACCGACGCAAAGCGACAUGGCGUCCACUGAAGAGCCGUCUGGCACGGUCCUGCAUCGGCUCAUCCAGGAGCAGCUCCGCUAUGGAAACCCCACAGACACGCGCACCUUAUUAGCCAUCCAGCAGCAGGCCCUGCGUGGAGGCAGUGGCAGCAACAGUGGCCCCAGCAGUGGGGGCGACAUGGGCAGGAGCCCACGAUCCUCCCUGGAGAGUCUCACCCAGGAGGACCCUCAGUUCCCUCAGCUCUCUGCCAGGCAGGAGCCCCAGGGCCAGGAGCACCAGGGGGACUACCACCACUCAGAGAGUGGCUACCAGCUCUACCAGCUGCACGGGGAAGAGCUGCCCACUUACGAGCAGGCCAAGGCACACUCGCAGUAUCUGGCCUCACACUGGGCCCCUGCAGGCCCCAUCAGGCAGCUCCACGAGGGGACGCUCCUGCAUGAGGGGGCCUUCCACGAAGAGGCAGACCUGAUGGAGCUGAAGUGCAGCCAUGUGCGGUCACUCAGCGAGCAUCGCAUGCAGAUAUCUCUGGAGAGGAACGAUGCAGCUGCUAAAGCGGAGGCUCUCAAGAGCACCUCGCACAGCUACCCCGAGCUUCCUUACUACGCGCCGCAGAGCCCGGGCCACAGCCUGGACAAGCGCUGUCCGCCCCCGGAGUACUCAGCCCCCAUCCAGGGCCAAGGAUUUAUCCCCCACCAGGUCCAGGAGCCGAUGCAGGCCCAGCAGCACAGGUAUGUCCAGUCCAGUCAGCCAGAGGAAGUUCCCUGCUACAGCACGUUUAACAGCCUGCCACCUGCUGGCUUGGAGGAGCCCAACCAGGUGGAGCUGCUGCUGAUGGAGAAUGAGAGGCUGAGGCAGGAGCUGGAGGGGCACAGGGAGAAGACCAGCCGUAUUCAGAAGUUGGAGCAGGAGAUCCAGCGUAUCUCGGAGGCCUAUGAGACACUGAUGCAGGGCAGCAGUAAGAGGGAAAACCUGGAGCAGACGCUGAGGAGGAGGCUCGUGGCUGAGAUCAGGAGGCUGCAGGACUUCAACAGAGACCUGAGAGAGAACUUGGAAAAUGCCAGAACACACGUCGCGAAAGAAGUCGAAGCAGCCGACCACAACCAGCACAUCAUGGCGAAGCUGCUCGAACAGAAUGAGGAGCAGAACUUUGAGCGGGAGCGUGUCGAGCGGGAGCUGGAGCGGUUGCGAACCACAGCGGAGGAGCAGAGCACCAGGGCCAAACGGCUCGAGGAGGCUUUGGACGCAGCUCGCGGGCGAGGCCGCCAGCUCGAGGAGGAGCUCAGGAGGAAGAGGGCGUACGUGGAGAAGGUGGAGCGGCUCCAGAGCGCGCUGGCUCAGCUGCAGUCCACCUGUGAGAAGAGGGAGAGCCUGGAGAUGAAGCUGAGGACGCGGCUGGAGCAGGAGCUGAGGAGUCUGAGGGCGCAACAGAGGCAGUCCCAGCCGCCAGGGGUGACCAUGAGCUCUCUCCAGGAGCGCCUGCGCGAGCGCGAGGAGAGAAUCUUGGCCCUCGAGGCCGACAUGGUCCGCUGGGAGCAGAAGUAUUUGGAAGAGAGCACUAUGAGGCAGUUUGCGAUGGAGGUUGCUGCCACCGCUGCUGCACAGAGAGACACGACCAUCAUCAAUCACUCGCCCUGCCACUCUUCGAACAACAGCUUCAACGAGGACCUGCCUGUCGCUGACUACAGGAAUCAGGAGAUGGAGAACAGGAUCCGUGCUCUUUACGCUCAGAUCUUGGAAAAGGACGCCGUGAUCAAGAUCCUGAACCAGCGGCUGCACCAUGACCAGGGGCGAAAGGAUGAGCAAAGCCCCCGCACGAACCUCCUGAACAUGGCGGCGGCGUCUCUCCGACCCGCCUCCUCCACUCCCUCCAUCAGCACCACCACCAGCACCACAAAAAGUCGAGGUAAGAGUCUCUCUGACGAUCAGACUUUGCCGUGCCGCCAGUUCUCCGCUCAGUCUGAACCUGGAACGCUAGAACGGCAGGUGGAGAGAACCAAAGCCAAAGAGGCUGCCAGCACCACUAAGCUCAACAGUGACAAGACAGCGCCGAAGAGGUUGCUAUUAAACCCGUUCAGAGGCCUGGAGGAGCUGGAGUCGGAGGCGGUGGAAAUCUUCAUUUAGAGAACUGAGAGGAGGACUUUGAAUGAGAGAACCAUUCUGAGAAUCUGUGAAGAGUGCAAGUCUUUGGAUUAAAUAUUGGAUGCAAGAAUGUCGUGGAAAGAGGCCAAUGCACGAAGAGGAGAAAAAAACAAAAAGGAUUGUUUUCACAUUUUUUAGAGGCAGAGCUGUGCUCCAACUCACUUACUCUCACUAAGCUCGGACAGCUGCAGGCAGUUUGCCCGACCGAGAGGGAAAAGAUGAAUCUUCUGAGGUACUCGGACAGUAUUGUGGAUUGUAAUAGGGCAACAUGUUCUCAGAGAGUGUAUGCCAAAAUAUUUAUAUAAAUAUAUAUAUAAUUGCUGCUUUUUCCUUCCCCUUUAUUUGCCCCUUAUCUACUUCCCAAUCCAGUAAAUUAAGUAGCUACAUAUUUAUCUUAUCUGGUUUCCACAUUCCCCAAAUAUUAACUUAAACCUCAUGCUCUUUUAGAUAGAUAUUCAAUAAAAGGUUAUCUACGUGACCUUCUCUCUCCCACCCCCACAAACAAGUGUGGCGUCAAUCUGAGUAACCUCAUUCCCAUCACAUGGAUCUUAUCUGUUUGGAAGACUUCCCCUUUUUGUCCAAUAAUUUAAGCUGACAUGAAACACUGCUGAUCUAAAAAGCUCCCGCUGUCGAUGUGUCUCAAGCCCGAGCAGCUGGUUCUGCAGAGGCUUAGGACUGUGUGAACAGUGAGACGCAUCAUAAAUAUAUUAAAAGACAAUUUGGUGGUUUUUUUUUGUUUUUUUUGUUGCCAAACUGACACAAACCUGGUGUUGUAUGUAAUAUUGGGAGGGUGUUGCAUCAUGGUGUUGAUUUCAUCAUCUGUUGCUUUCUCUGAUAACUUCUCAAAGUAUGUUUGCAUGUGUGAUUUCAGUAUGUGAGUGUGUUUCCCGACGUGGUGAUGCCGGCUGGUUCCGCUCACCACUGUGGGAUAAAAGUUGAAAACUACACCGUGUUUGUUUUGUUUUUUUGUUUCGUUUACUGUGAGCUUUGAAACUAACAAAGAGGUUAAUUAUUAUUAUUAUUAUUAUUAUUAUUAUUAUUAUUAUUAUUAUUAUUAUUAUUAUUAUUAUUAUAUUUUAUACAGAUGUUUGUAUUGUUAUUUUAGACAUGAUAGUGCUUUGAGCCGGAUGCCAAAGAGUUUAUGUAUGUUUGUUGUAAGUUAUGUGCCGACAAUCACGGUCAUGUCAAGCUGUACACAACCAACCGAGUGUUGACUUCAAACAGACAUUUCUGUGAACUUCAAAACAAUAUGCAACAUUUCAUAAAGCAAUAAAAUAUUCUAAUAUACA